CAUUUUGAACAAAAACGAGACAGAGGAAUUAAAAUUAUUCACCUCGGAAAAUCUUACCUUGAUUUGAAAUACUUGAAAAAUUUGUGUUCGGUAUCCAGCGAAGAAGCUAUGAUGAAAAUAGCUCAAAAUGAAAGGGAAUUUCAGAAGUUUAUAGAUUGCAAGAUGAGUCAAGAUAUUUUGGUCACAACGGUAAACGUUUUGGCUCACAUUUGUCAGGCAAAUUUUACAGAAGUCAUGACGAGAGUCUUGAGUCAAUCGUGCAGUGAUUCUUUUUUAUCCACUUUGGUAAAUUAUUUGGCAAAUUUACCAUUUGAAAGUUCAUCCGAUAAACUACGGAACCAAUCAUAUCAUGAAGAUGUAACACGAUUUUGGUCAAAUUUAAUUGAAUUUUUUCAAAAAGUCAAUGAGCUCAUGCCGCUUACCGCUAGUAACAAAUUGACAUCCGUUUUAAAAAAAAUCGAAGCAAUCAUUUCAAGCAUCGAAAUCAGUCAAAAGUACAAUAUAACAGACAAAGUAAAAGAUGGAAUAUCGAGUAUGAAAAACGAUUUAGAAAAAGAAAUCGAAAGAAUCGAAAGCAAAAUGACUGAUGAAAAAAAAAGAGAGGAAAAUGAGCCUGAACCACCUCAAAGUUUCAGAACUCUGAGUGUGAUACCAACAGUUGAAGAUUUAUUUAAUGAGGAAUUAUUUCUUAGAGCCUGCAAAGUUAAAGAUGCUUACGAUUCCGUGGACCAAUACUUGGACAUACAAUUCCGUUUGCUACGAGAAGAUUUCGUCAGGCCAUUACGUAACGGUAUCAAAGAGUACUUGCAAGGAGCACCAAAGCAUAGAAACAAUGACUUGCGUGUUUAUAAAAAUGCAAAAUUAAUACAUUCCGAGGCAAAGGCAUUAGAUACGGACAUUCAGCUGUACUUUGGUAAAUUGGAUUUCGUUGACUGGAAGCAUUCCAAGCGUCUCACGUAUGGGGGACUUUUACUUCUCAGCAAAGACAAUUUCAAGACGAUUAUUUUUGCAACAGUAGGAAACCGCGAUGAAAAAGAUCUGGUCGCAGGAUACAUAAAAAUCGUUCCUUGCAUGGGAAACUCCAUCGGACCCGACAUGUACAAUUGCAAUUUGGUCUUAUUGGAAUCAAAAAUAUACUUUGAGCCAUAUUUUGCUGUAUUGACAGCGAUGCAGAGAAUAGAUGAAAAAAAUUUUCCUAUGCAAAAUUACUUCAUCAAAAACCAAACCGAUCUUGAGAAACCUGCCUAUCUAGAGGACAUAGGUUUUUUAAAAUUCAAAGAUAAGUUUAUACUAGGCGUGUCAAAUGACUACAGUGACUGGCCAAGUGCUACCGAGUUGGAACUAGAUGAUUCACAAUAUCAGGCUUUCAAAAGUGCCAUUACUCAAAAGUUGGCCAUUAUUCAAGGACCCCCAGGGACUGGAAAAACUUUUUUGGCGCUACAAAUCGUUCAAGCUUUACUAGAAAACAAGUCCAAAUGGCUACAUUAUGGCCCCAUUGUUGUUGUUUGUCUGACAAAUCACGCACUGGAUCAGUUUUUGGAAGGAAUUCUUUGCCAUACGAAAUCAAUAGCUCGAGUAGGGAGUAGAUCGAAAAGUGAAAAUUUGGAGCCAUAUUCACUCAAAGAGCGACGAAAGGAUUUUUAUAAACACCCUGCAAAUUCUUAUAUGUCUCAACUAAGGUGGAUGAUUGGCGACCUUCUAAGAGAAAUCGAAGCAUUAAAUUUACGUAAAAAACAUUUAACUACGCCAGACGUUAUCGUAUCUUUGGAAGAUUUGCAAGAUGAAAUCAGAUUUUCAUUUAAUGGGACAGAAGAAUUAGUUUGGUGGCUCAUUAGAUCUGAAAAAGAAGAAUCUGAACAAGAUGUAAAAUUUUUCAUAUCUACAGACGAGACAGUUGAUCCUUUGGGUAUUAUGGACAAGAAAAUUGACCGAGUACAAGAAUAUAUUAAUCAAUUGAGUGAUGAUGAUUGUCUACCUUUCAGUCCCAUUUUAGAAUGGGAAAACUAUUUACAAAUAUUGAUGAGGAGCAAAGCAAUUAUCAAACGAGAGUUAAAUAAUCACCCAUUAAUCAGAAAAAACAGUCGGUCUUAUACUUAUAACCAGAAAUGGCAAUCGUAUUGGGAUUGGGUUGUAAAAAGCUAUAAUGAUGUAAAUGACGAGAUGGAUCGAUUGAUCGAAAAAUACCAUGAUUUGAAAGUAAGAUUAGAUGAAAUAAAACACAUGGCAGAUUUGGAAGUAAUGAAAGGACACGAAAUCGUGGGACUAACAACGACUCGAGCUGCCAAGAUACAAUCUUCAUUGCGAGCUCUACGAGCGCCUAUAGUACUGGUAGAAGAGGCUGCCGAAAUCUUGGAAGCUCACGUUGUGUGUGCAAUGACAAAUCACUGCAAGCAAGUAAUAUUGAUCGGAGAUCACAAGCAAUUACGUCCCAAGGCAUCUGUACACGAGCUAGGAUCGAAAUACAAUUUGAACGUAUCGUUGUUCGAGCGAAUGGUGAACAUCAGGGGUGAGUGCCCCCAGUUAGCUCACCAGCACCGAAUGCGCCCUGAAAUCGCAAAAUUGGUGUCCCCGAUUUACGAAAAACUGUACAAUCACGAAUCUGUUUUGAACUAUCCACGUGUCAAAGGAUUGGACAAAAAUUUUUUUUUUCUCAAUCACGCGUCAACGGAAGAAAAUCACAAUAUUGACGACAGUUGGGUAAACCAACACGAGGUCGAGUUUUUCUCUGCGUUUGCCAAGCAUUUAUUGAUGCAAGGCUACAGCUCGGAUGACAUAACUAUUCUUUGUACAUACACGGGGCAGUUAUUUGCUUUCAUGAAUGAGACAAAAAAGCAUGAACUCCUAAGACGCGUGAGGGUUACCACUGUGGACAAUUUUCAAGGUGAAGAAAGUAAAAUAAUACUGUUAUCUUUGGUCCGCAAUAAUGGACAGGGCAAUAUUGGAUUCUUGAAGGAAGAAAACCGGGUGUGCGUGGCUCUGUCGCGUGCCCGCGAGGGUCUAUACGUAAUGGGGAAUAUGAACGAUCUUCUAGUGAAUAAUGAUAUUUGGCCCAAGGUGAAGAAAGUGCUUGAAGAUGAGAACGCUAUAGGAGAUUACAUAAGAAUAAGAUGCCAAAUCCAUCGAGAUCAGUUUUUUGAGGUAAGAAAAGCGGAAGAUUUCAAGCAAAGUCCCGAGGGAGGCUGUUCAAAAAAAUGUGAUCUAUUGUUGUCGUGCGGACAUGUGUGUACCAAUGUAUGCCAUAUACUUGAUCGAGAGCACAUUAAGUAUCGAUGCAAGCAAAAGUGCGUUAAAAGUUGUCCGAAUGAUCAUCCCUGUCCAUUAUUGUGUUGGCAAGGCUGUGUCCCGUGUUUGGUCAAUGUUGAACGUACACUUAAAUGCGGACACACCGUAAAAAUGCCAUGUUCAUUUGAAGCUGACUCAUUUCCUUGCCCUGUUAAGAUCGACGUAACAUUACCAGUUUGUGAUCAUAAUAUGGAAAAGCCAUGCUACGUUUCUAUCGAUAAAGUUGAGUGUACCUACGAAUGUGAAAUUCGUUUGGACUGUGGACAUGCGUGUAUAAAGAAAUGUCACGUCCACUUUGACCCUGAUCACCUCGAGUACGAAUGUUACAAAGAUUGCACCAAAAAAAAUGCAGAUUGCACAGGGGACCAUUUGUGCAAAAAAAAAUGUUUCGAAAAUUGCGAUCCCUGUCCUGUGCUUGUCGACAAAGUACGUUCAUGUGGGCAUCAUUAUAAAAAAGUGGCGUGUUCUUUGGACGUGGAAAAAAUAUACUGCGAGCGGAAAUGUGAUAGGGAGAUGAAUUGCGGUCAUAAAUGCCAACUAAAAUGUUCAGAUGAGUGUAAAAAUUGUCCUGAGAAAGUAUUGAAAGAAAGUUCUUGCGGACACUUGAUACAAGUCUCAUGCUGUCAAGAGGCUACUUCAUCGAAAUGUAACAAAAAUUGUAAAAAAACUUUACCAUGCGGUCAUGAGUGCCGUAGGAAAUGUAAAGAGUCGUGUACGGUAAACUGCAAAGUCAUGAUACAACUGAGCGAACCAGGGAUGUGUGGCCAUAUUCUGUCAGUCCCGUGCUAUUUGAAAAAUUAUGAUCCCAGGUCACGUGAAUUCCUGAAGUACUGUAAACAACCGUGUGGCUAUAAGUUAGCUUGCACUCAUAAUUGUAAAGGAAAUUGUGGAAGCUGUUUCCAAGGCCGCAUACACGUCGCUUGUAGCGAGCCCUGCCGUAACAUAUUUAUUUGCGGACACGCAUGUAAAAUUGCCUGUAAUCAAGAGUGCCAGCCGUGCACUCAAAAAUGUGAACUGAAAUGUCCUCAUAACAAAUGCGGUAAAAAAUGUGGAAUACCAUGCGUACCAUGCAAAGAAAAGUGUAGAAGAAGCUGCGUACAUCAAUCCUGUAACAAAAGAUGUUAUGAACCGUGCGGUGUAGAACCUUGUAACGAACCGUGUAAGCGCGCGUUAAAAUGUGGCCAUCCAUGCGUUGGUUUUUGUGGGGAUGUUUGCCCUCGUCUGUGUAGAGUUUGCAACUAUGAAAAAUUGUCAGAAAUCUUUUUAGGAAACGAAGAUGAUCCGAAUGCAAGAUUUGUUUUUCUACCGGAUUGUAAGCAUUGCAUUGAAAGUAAAGGGUUAAUGGAAUGGAUCAAACCUUUAUCCCAGAAUGAUGAUGAACCCGUGGAAAUAAAAACACCAACUUGUCCACGGUGUAAGACUCCCAUCAAGAGUUGCAUGAGAAUCAUGGAUCAAAUUAAGAAAGAUUUGAAGAAUGUGAUGGCCGUAAAAAGCCUACUGUUUUCUAAUAAUAAAACAGAUACAGAGGCAAGACGAAAGGAAUACUUGCAAACUUUAAAAAUGAUAGAAAGUGAUACAUAUGUCGAAGAAUUUGUCUACUUUCAAAUUUAUGUCCAUUCAUUGGGGACAUUAGGAGCACCAGUAAAAAAUAAAAAGAAGCAGUAUUUCAGCAUCAAUGAAAUGAAUGCCUUUGCAAAUAUUUUGGACAUUAUAACUGAUGUCUCAAAUGUUUUAAAAAAAAUUCAGAAAGUCGAUAUCUCUUUGGAGUUUAUACAAAACCAAGUUAAGUUCUUGGUUGGGACACUUCCAAACAAAUUACAGAUUUCCAAGCAGAACCUCGAUGAUAUACAAUUAGAAAUCAGACGUUUGCAUUUAAUGGUUCAAGUUUACAAUAUAUUCUCCGAAAGCCAAUGGAUAGUAUCAGAAAAUCAGAAAGAAUUUGAGCUUUUGAUAGAUAGAUUGUCAGAUGUCAAAAGAUUCACCGAGAACAUUGAAACAGAAUUAAUAACAAAUUCUAUGGAGUUGAACGAGCGAAACAAAAGUGAAUCGCUCAUUGAGCGAAAAAACAUCAUAAAAGCCGUAGGUCUCACACAGGGGCAUUGGUUCAAGUGUCCAAAUGGUCACUACUAUGCUAUAGGUGAAUGCGGUGGAGCAAUGCAACGAUCAAAAUGCAUCGAGUGCAAAGCCUCUAUUGGGGGUGAAAAUCAUCAUAUUGAUCCAAACAAUACUUUGGCGCCAGAACUUGAUGAGCUGUUAAUGCAGCAUCGUUAGAGUUUAAGAUUACUUUAUAUUUUUCUCAACUAAGCUAUGAACACCUUUCUUUUAUAUAUCCUUAACAAUUAAUAAAUUUUAUUUUUGCGUC